GGGUGCUUUCUCUGUGGUCCGCAGGUGUGUGAAGAAAACCUCCACGCAGGAGUAUGCAGCAAAAAUCAUCAAUACCAAGAAGUUAUCUGCCCGGGAUCACCAGAAACUAGAACGUGAGGCCCGGAUAUGCCGACUUUUGAAACAUCCAAACAUUGUACGCCUCCAUGACAGUAUUUCCGAAGAAGGGUUUCACUACCUCGUGUUUGACCUGGUUACCGGUGGGGAGCUGUUCGAAGACAUUGUGGCCAGAGAGUACUACAGUGAAGCUGAUGCCAGCCACUGUAUACAUCAGAUUCUGGAGAGUGUUAACCACAUCCACCAGCAUGACAUCGUCCACCGGGACCUGAAGCCUGAGAACCUGCUGCUGGCGAGUAAAUGCAAGGGUGCCGCCGUCAAGCUGGCUGACUUUGGCCUAGCCAUCGAAGUACAGGGAGAGCAGCAGGCUUGGUUUGGGGUCAUCCUGUAUAUCCUCCUGGUUGGCUACCCUCCCUUCUGGGAUGAGGAUCAGCACAAGCUGUAUCAGCAGAUCAAGGCUGGAGCCUAUGAUUUCCCAUCACCAGAGUGGGACACGGUGACGCCUGAAGCCAAGAACUUGAUCAACCAGAUGCUGACCAUAAACCCCGCAAAGCGUAUCACAGCUGACCAGGCUCUGAAGCACCCAUGGGUCUGCCAACGAUCCACGGUGGCGUCUAUGAUGCAUCGUCAAGAGACUGUGGAGUGCUUGCGCAAGUUCAAUGCCCGGAGGAAACUGAAGGGUGCCAUCCUCACGACCAUGCUUGUCUCCAGGAACUUUUCAGUUGGCAGGCAGAGCUCCGCCCCCGCCUCGCCUGCCGCGAGCGCCGCCGGCCUGGCCGGGCAAGCUGCCAAAAGCCUAUUGAACAAGAAGUCAGACGGCGGUGUCAAGCCACAGAGCAACAACAAAAACAGUCUCCUAAGCCCAGCCCAAGAGCCCGCGCCCUUGCAGACGGCCAUGGAACCACAAACCACCGUGGUGCACAACGCUACAGAUGGGAUCAAGGGCUCUACAGAGAGCUGCAAUACCACCACAGAAGAUGAGGACCUCAAAGCUGCCCCGCUCCGCACUGGGAAUGGCAGCUCGGUGCCUGAAGGACGGAGCUCCCGGGACAGAACAGCCCCCUCUGCAGGCAUGCAGCCCCAGCCUUCUCUCUGCUCCUCAGCCAUGCGAAAACAGGAGAUCGUUAAGAUCACAGAACAACUGAUUGAGGCCAUCAACAACGGGGACUUUGAGGCCUACACGAAGAUUUGCGAUCCAGGCCUCACUUCCUUUGAGCCUGAGGCCCUCGGUAACCUCGUGGAAGGGAUGGAUUUCCAUAAGUUUUACUUUGAGAAUCUCCUAUCCAAGAACAGCAAGCCUAUCCACACCACCAUCCUGAACCCGCACGUCCAUGUGAUCGGAGAGGACGCAGCUUGCAUCGCCUACAUCCGCCUCACCCAGUACAUCGAUGGGCAGGGUCGGCCUCGCACCAGCCAGUCGGAGGAGACCCGGGUCUGGCACCGCCGGGAUGGGGCAUUAGGAGAUCCCAGCCGGAGGUCGAACCUUCGCAGCCAGUGGCUCUGGAGGGCCUGAGUGACAGCGGCAGUCCUGUUCGUUUGAGGUUUAAAACAAUUAAAUUACAAAGCGGCAGCAGCCAAUGCACGCCCCUGCAUGCAGCCCUCCCGCCCGCCCUUCAUGUCUGUCUCUGCUGUACCGAGGUGUUUUUUACAUUUAAGAAAAAAAAAAAGAAAAAAGAUUGUUUUAAAAAAACAGGAUCCAUACCAUGAUGCGUUUUAAAAUCACUGAUGGCCUUUGGGCUAGGAAGACUGCAGGAGUUUGUGUGACACCCAUCCUGGUGCGAACAGUGGGCUCACCAACGGGCCCUGAAUAGGUGAGCUCAGCCUCUGGCCUCCGUGGACUCGGGGGACCAGACGAGAACUCUGACGGAGCUUUGGGGGCCGUGAUGUGAUUGCAGCCCCUGAGGUGGCCUGCCUGCCCCAGAUCUAGGAAUGGACUUCUUCAGAAUUUGUGAUGCGCCUAGAGUGAGGCUGACGAGAACAUCGUGGCCAUUGGACCUACUUGGGAGAGAACGUGCGGAGCUCCCAGCUUGCUGUGGAGGCAGCUGGGAAGCAGUGGCCUCAGGACUGAGAAGCAGUGGCCCGGAUGUUGCUGUACUGUACCAUUUAGUGUAGAAGGGAAGAGAAUUGGUGCUGCAGAAGUGUGUCCGCUAAGAAGCUGAUGAGAAACCUCGUGUUAGUCUGACAUGCACUCACUUACUCAUCCAUUUCUAUAGGAUGCACAAUGCACGCGGGCCCUGAUACUGAGGCCCUAUCCUUGCAGCUAGGAAGUGGGAGGGGUUGCCGCUUUGCUUCGUGUUUGUUUUCUUAUAACCUAGCAAGAAGAGAGCCAGGCCUUGGUCUGGGCUCCCCCUACUGCCUUUGGCAGUUCUAUUUCCGUGCUGAUUUGGACCAUCUUUGUCUUGCCUUUUCAUGCUGGUGGUCCCUGUGCUGACCCUCAUCUGGGCCUGGGCCCUCUGCCAAGUGCUCCUGUGGGACGGGAGGAGUGAGGAAGCAGGACUGAGUUGAUGGUUGUUUCUAUGCAUUCAGGCUGCCCUCAGGGCUGCCUCCCUUCUUACUCUUCCCUUGUUGCACGUCCAUCUCUUUUCCUGUCUUUGAGAAAUUGACCUGACUACUUUGGCAAGAAGAAGAGGUGUCCUCUUUAAAGAGGCCUCUUUACUGACCAACUGAAGCAUAGACUUACUGCUGGACAAUCUGCAUGGGCGUCACCCUCCCUCUCACUUGCAUGUACUCAAAAGAGAUGUCCAGAGCCACGGCUCCUACAUGCAUUGUCCCUCUCUGUGCUCAAGGAGUUCAUUCCAGGAGGGGAAAGAUCUAUACUCUAAGCAGAUAGCAGAGAAGAUAAUGGAGGAGCAGUUGGUCAUGGCCUUGGCUUCCCCAAAAACAACUGUGUAGACUUACCUGCACAAGCGUCUGCACUAUUGGGGGAAAGGUGGGGAGACCCCAGCUCCCUGGAUGGUGCCUUAAGAGGAGGCACAGGAGCUGGGAAAAGAGCAAAGUUAGAGGUUUGCCUUGGAACCAACUGAGAAGAGAGGAGACUCACAGGUGCUGGUGCUUGGAUUUAGCCAGGCUCCUCCGAGCACCUCAUGCAUGCCCCAGCCCCUGGGACCUUGCCCUUUCCUGCCCUGCAGCCUGCAGUACCAGCACGCAGACACCUUCACCACAGGGUUUGGUUUUGCUGGCUUGAAGACAAAUGGUCUUAGAGUUCAUUAAGACCCAUAGCUUCAUAUGGCUGCUCCAGUCCCACUUCUUAGCAUUCUUACUCCUCUUCUGGGGCUAAUGUCAGCAUCUAUAGACAAUAGACUAUUAAAAAAAAUCACCUUUUAAACAGGAGAUGGAAGGCAUUUGAUGCAGAAUUUUUGCAUGAUGACAUAGAAAUAAUUUAAAAAUAGUUAGUGUUUGUUCUGAAUGUUGGUAGACCCUUCAUAGCUUUGUUACAAUGAAACCUUGAACUGAAGAUAUUUAAUAAAAUAACCUUUAAAGAGUC